AUGGAGGAGGAGCUGAAGUGCCCAGUGUGCGGAUCCCUGUUCCGGGAACCCAUCAUCCUGCCCUGCUCUCACAAUGUCUGCUUGCCGUGCGCCCGCACCAUAGCGGUUCAGACACCGGACGGCGAGCAGCACUUGCCCCCGCCGCUCCUUCUUUCGCGGGGUGCCGCCGCCGCCGCGCCCCCUCCGGAUCAGGACGCAGCUGCCGGCGCGACCGGCGGAGGCGCGGGAGCUAGCACAGCCGGAGGCCUGGGCGGCGGGGCGCCCGGUGGCGGAGACCACGCGGACAAGCUGAGCUUGUACAGCGAGACUGACAGCGGCUACGGCUCCUACACUCCCAGCCUCAAGUCCCCCAAUGGAGUUCGCGUGCUGCCCAUGGUGCCUGCGCCCCCGGGCUCUUCGGCCGCCGCAGCCCGAGGCGCCGCCUGCUCCUCGCUCUGCUCGUCCUCCAGCUCCAUCACCUGCCCGCAGUGCCACCGCAGCGCAUCCCUGGAUCACCGCGGCCUGCGAGGCUUCCAGCGUAACCGGCUACUGGAGGGCAUUGUGCAACGGUACCAGCAGGGCCGUGGGGUUGCUGCGGGGGCGUCUGCAGCCCCGGCGGUGGCCAUCUGCCAGCUGUGCGACCGCACCCCACCGGAGCCGGCAGCCACUCUCUGCGAGCAAUGCGACGUGCUCUAUUGCGCCACCUGCCAACUCAAGUGCCACCCGUCCCGGGGCCCCUUCGCUAAGCAUCGACUAGUUCAGCCGCCGCCGCCGCCCGCACCCCCAGAGGCUACCUCUGCUCCAGCCGGCACUUCUACCGCCUCCAGCGCAGGAGGAUGCAGGAGCCCAGGGGGUGCCGGGGCCAGCGCGCCGCGAAAGUUCCCCACAUGCCCGGAGCACGAGAUGGAGAACUACAGCAUGUACUGCGUGAGCUGUCGGAGCCCGGUGUGCUACAUGUGCCUGGAAGAAGGAAGGCAUGGCAAGCACGAGGUGAAGCAGCUGGGGGCAACGUGGAAGCAGCACAAGGCCCAGCUGUCUCAGGCCUUAAAUGGGGUUUCAGAUAAGGCCAAGGAAGCGAAAGAGUUUCUGGUUCAGCUCAAGAACAUACUACAGCAGAUCCAGGAGAACGGACUGGACUACGAAGCCUGCCUGGUGGCUCAGUGUGACGCCCUGGUGGACGCGCUGACUCGGCAGAAAGCCAAGCUGCUCACCAAGGUGACCAAAGAGAGGGAGCAGAAGCUGAAGAUGGUUUGGGACCAGAUCAAUCACUGCACACUGAAGCUACGCCAGUCCACAGGCCUGAUGGAGUACUGCCUGGAGGUGAUCAGGGAGGAUGACCCCUCCGGGUUCCUGCAGAUCUCAGACGCCCUGAUCAAGCGCGUGCAGACCUCACAGGAGCAGUGGGUCAAAGGUGCCCUGGAGCCCAAAGUGUCUGCGGAAUUUGACCUGACUCUGGACAGCGAGCCGCUGCUGCAAGCCAUCCACCAGCUGGAUUUCGUGCAGAUGAAAUGUAGGGUGCCACCGGUACCCCUGCUGCAGCUGGAGAAGUGCUGCACCCGUAACAACAGUGUCACCCUGGCCUGGAGGACUCCGCCCUUCACCCACAGCCCCGCGGACGGCUACAUCCUGGAGCUGGAUGACGGAGACGGAGGGCAGUUCCGGGAAGUGUACGUUGGCAAGGAGACCCUGUGCACUAUCGACGGGCUCCACUUUAACAGCACCUACAACGCCAGAGUCAAAGCCUUCAACUCCUCUGGUGUUGGGCCCUACAGCAAGACUGUGGUCCUGCAGACCUCUGAUGUGGCCUGGUUCACUUUUGACCCCAACUCUGGCCACCGGGACAUCAUCUUAUCCAACGACAACCAGACAGCCACCUGCAGCAGCUAUGACGACCGCGUGGUGCUAGGCACAGCCGCCUUCUCCAAAGGCGUGCACUACUGGGAGCUGCACGUGGACCGGUAUGACAACCACCCGGACCCUGCCUUCGGGGUGGCCAGGGCCAGUGUGGUCAAGGACACAAUGCUGGGCAAGGACGACAAGGCCUGGGCCAUGUACGUGGACAGCAACCGCAGCUGGUUCAUGCACUGCAACUCCCACACCAACAGGACCGAGGGCGGUGUACACAAGGGAGCCACCGUGGGUGUGCUGCUGGACCUGAACAAGCACACCCUGACCUUCUUCAUCAAUGGCCAACAGCAGGGCCCCACAGCCUUCAGCCACGUGGACGGGGUCUUCAUGCCUGCCCUCAGCCUCAACCGAAACGUGCAGGUCACCCUGCACACGGGACUGGAGGUGCCAACAAACCUGGGACGGCCAAAGCUGUCGGGCAACUAGCCUGGUGGCUCCCGCUGCCUAGCUGGCCGCGAUGGAGAGCCUCAUGGAAGACCAGGACAUAACAGACAGUCCUGGGUGCCAGCAGCCAGCGGACAUCUGAAGAUGCUUUUUAGAGGGAACUGAGAAUGAAUGGAAUGCGAGCCACACCACCACACUGUGGCCGCCUGUCAGGAGUGGCCUUUCACCUCCAUGCCACAAGGCUUUGGCCCCCAGGGUGCCCGCAAGACAGUGCUCCAGGCUGACACCUUUUGUUUCUGUCUUAUGUUUUCUGACAUCUGUUUGAAAACUUUAACUUCCUCUUAAGUUUUUCCCCCCCAGAGGGAGAGAGGAAGGCCAACUCUAAGACCGGUAUUGCCAUGGUGUUACUCCAUGCCUGCGUGUAAACCAUUGCUGGGACUCUACUCCUUUUGGAGUCCAGGCUGGCAGCUUGUGACCUCUGCAGGAAGAAACUGACCUUGAGCCUUGGGGAUGAGCGGUUUUCAAUACACUGCAAACUAAUUCGGAAAGGACAUUAAUCAUUAGUGAACUGCUAAUGACGCCUUUAGAAAGGCGUCCUUAGGGUCUGUAUUAUCCACGUGCACGCUCUCUCUCUCUCUCUCUCUCUCUCUCUCACUCACUCUCUCACACACACACACAUACACGUGUAUGUGUAACAAUCUAUUACAUUUUAUUCAUUCAGUUUUUAGUUAUGAAUGGAAACACUGGAAUCCAAGACAGAGACAGGUCUUUGCACAGCAGUGGCUUUUUCUAGGACCCACUUCCACAGAAAUUGAUGGACAAAUGUCUGCACCGCCUUCCUGGGCUGGGCCUUCCUGGGAAGCCCUUGCAUCUCAGUAAGCCCUUACGGCUUCACCCAAUGCCCUCUUUGAAGCACCAUGAACUCGAGAAGCGACCCUGGUGGUAACGGAUGGCUCUGUCAUGAUGAGACAGACGAGACCCCAGAGAAAGGCUGAAACUAGAUGGUGACACCCUACAACUUCUCUUCCCACAAUGAGCUGGGGUUCCCCCGCAAUGCGGCUAAGUCUUCCUUCCAGGGAGCGCUGCCCUGGCCGGGGUGUCCACACGGAGCCGCCCUGCCUCCCGUCUCCGUGCGCUCACCUCCCGUCUCCUGCCAUCUCCAGCUCUCCCUGGCAGCAACCCUGCUCAGUCCCUUGGGAAGAAUUCAUCUCAUGGGCGUUUCAUUUUACACAGAGAAAUGACUUGCCUGUCAGCUGGGCUGUUUUUAUCAGAUGUACCUGCACGCCGACCCCAACUGUGCUUCCUUUCUGACUCUGUGCUCAGGCCCUGCACCGGUUCCCAAGUCCCCACCACUGGGCUGCACAGACCUGCCAGUCCUACCUCAGAAUCCUUUCUAAUGGUCCUUGUUUCCUCAAAUACUCCGAUGUCACCGGGAGCCGUUCAGCACUCGCCAGCCUCCCCAGCGGGCCCUGGGGCCAUCUUCAUUGUGCAGGCACAGCCUUGGCCUCUCUGGCCUCUUCCUGCUAAGUGGUCUCCAGCUCAGGACUCCAUCUAGAGGCCUUGGGGCAGCCUCGGAACCCCGGCCGCCAUGUCUUCGGUUGCUCGGCAGCUUCUGUUGUCCCUUUCCUACAGCUUUGGCCACAGCUAUAGCUCCGGAAGGAGAGACAGGUACUUCAAAGGGAAGAACAUGGAGGAACCUCUGCCUUCCUGGCCCGAGAAGGCACGUGUCACCAUGGUCAGGGCUGGACCAGGCGUUUGGCUGUCUGGUGGAAGAGAGAAACUGGAGAACCUGGAGUAAGAAUGGGGCAGAAAGGCUGGCCACGGGGGUCUUUACAGUCUCAAAGCCCGGGCCAAUCACCUUCCUGGGAAGCGGGAGUCACUUGAGCAUAUCUGCACCUGUGGGUGGCUUUGGGGAGAUGAGAAAGUGACCACAAUCCCAGGUGGCCUUUUUUUUGGUGCCGGAGAGCCCAACGCACAUGCCAGGAAAGAGCUCCACCGCUGAGCCUCCAGAUCUUCAGGAGGCCACUUUCCUCCUCCUCUUCCUCCCCCUUUUCCUCCUCCUCCUCUUCCUCCUCCUUUUCCUCGUCCUCCUCUUCCUCCUCCUUUUCUUCCUCCUCCUCUUCCUCCUUUUCUUUUACUUCUUCCUCCUACUCCUCUCCUCUUCUCAUCUUCCUCUUCCUCCUCCUUCUCCUCUUCUUCCUCCUCCUCUUUUUUCUUCUUUUGUUUGAGACAUGGUCUCACAUUGUAGCCCAGGCUGGCCUGGAAUUCACUAUACAGCUCAGGCUAGCCUUGAACUCACAGCAAUCUUCCUGCCUCAGCCUCCUGAGUACUGGGAUUACAGAGGUGAGCACCACACCCAGCUCAGGUGACCUCUUUAAGGAGGGUUGGGCAAGCCAGAGCCAGCUCCCCAUCCCCCCACAGCAGAGUAAGUGGGUGGGGCUAGCUGUCUCUUUGCUCCCUAGAUCCCAGAAGCAAUACGCUGGUGGCUGGUGCGGGGACAGCGCAGGCAGCCCUGCACAGCCACCUCUCCCCUGCCUUCUGCACAGGGCACCUUUCAGGGACAAGAAUGCAAGGAGGAGGGUAGAGCGGGGUGGGGCAACUGGAAAGGUGGCGAAGCCCUGGGAUGGUGGGGUUCUCUCACACGGAGUCCUUAGCAGCUGAGGUGCCACCUCUCUAUAUAAACGGAAUCAGUGUAAGGCCUUGGUGAGCCGCGGAGAAGGACCUCAGGGCAAGUCUGUCAAAUGUCUGCGAGAAAGAAGUUCAGCUCUGGAGCCUCUUCUCGGGUGCACCUGUGACUGCCAGUCCCUUCUGAAUGAAUGUCCUGACAAGUACCCACUGGCACUGCCCUUCACACGGCACCUCCUCCCUCACAGCAGGACAUCAGCGCCCACUGAGCUGGCUUGCCCUCCUCCGUCCUGUCUGGGAACACAGCCCCCGUUUUAGAAGACAAGUACCAACCUUGGCAGUCUCACACUGUACGUGGUCCAGGCUGUACCUUCAGAUCUUUAUGUGCUCUGUGGUUCCAAAAUGUCCUUAGCUGCCCUUGUAGCCCAAAGGAAUCCAGAGCCGGAAAAGCAAUAUGCUAGUGGCAGGGUGAGCCCUGAAACAUGGGGCCAUCUCCGUGAGAGAUGGAGGUGCCCACAUUCCUAAGCCCUUUCUUUCGUUUAAGGCUCCCUAACCCCUCUCACGUCAGCAUCCGUGUGUGUGACCUUCCCCAGGGCAGCAUGCCAGCCUUCAUUCUGACAGUGAAAGGCUCGACAAGGGUCAGUGCAGGUGGCCUGGGCUUGCCUUUCGCCCUACGGUCUUCUGCAGAGGGGGUGUGGGGCAGGGGUGGUGGUGGAGGAUGAAACCAUUUUGGGAUCUCAAAGAAUACCUUCAGAGGACUGUGGGGGUGAACCUGGGGCUUUGUUUGUCUCCUGAUUUUGGGUGGGGCUUGAGUGUUGGAGAGCAUUAAGCACCCCUGGUCUCUACUCUCAGGAUGCCAAGAGCACCCCCAGUUAGUGUGACAACCCUAAAUACCCUAAAUACCCAAAGACAUCCAGAUCCCCUUGGGGCUAACCUGGGAUCUGGGUCAUGACGAUUCAUUAGAUGUUAACAUUCACAGUGUUGGUGGGUACCCCUUCCAGUGUCACGUAGAUCUGUCCCAAAGCCAUUAGCCUGGUGUCAACCCAACCUAAGAAUUCUUCACAGGUCUUCGGUGAAGAACAAAGGGCUCACCUUUCUGCCAGCUCCUUCCUCCGUUCUUGCAAAGGAAAAUGUCCCUUUUCUAGGCCACAGUUUACUGGCAGGAGCAGGGACACCUUAAUGGAUUUGGGGCUUCAAGGGGUUAAAUAAUUCUUACAUAUAUUGUUAAAAGACUUUCAAAGACCACACUAGUCCUGGGAAUUCUGGUACCCCAAGAAAAGCCAGUUGUCACUGCCAGUGUGGUAUGGGCUCCUGACUGACAGGGGUCCUGACUGUUGAGGGAAAGAGGUGAAGAGGCAAACUGAGGGAAAGAGGAGGCUUGAGGCAUGGCCAGAGGCCAGCGUGCAGUCUCCCUCACCGCUUACCCCUUAAGCUGGCUUUGGCGUUGGCUCAUGGUAUGCAUGGGAUGGAUCUCCUAACUGUUCUGUGCCUCAGUAUCCCUCCUUGCAACAGGGCUGGUCAUACCAACCUACCUCCUCUCUGCAGUGUGUGGAUCCUGGCACAGUCUUAACAAUAAGGCCCAGGUUAAACCAGCCUUCAGUGGAUCUAGCCCCGGUGAUCGUUACUAUGUCCUCUAGCCACAAUAUUUUUGCCUAAGCUUCCUGUGACCAGGGCAGUACUUUCCACACUGCUGCCUGGCAUUUCGGACAGUUCACGUGACCCCGGCAAGCGCAUUCCGUUAGUGGAGAGCCUGAGUUAGUGUAAUGUUCCAGGGCCUUGGACGGGCCAAGCCUAUCAGCAGCCACCUCCUGAGUGCUAACGGCGUCUGCAUGUGGUAUCCGCUAAGCCAAGCACACAAAUUAGCCAGCCCUUUGCCUCCCAUUCCUUCAGUUCCGGUCUCUAGGACUCCCCCCUGCGCCCCGCCCGCCCCCAUGGCAUUUGACUUUUGUUUUCCAACAGUGGGGAUGGCUUUGGAAGUCACCUGAGAGUGUUAUGACAUACAGCCGAAUUAGGACCUCGAGGGGAUGGCUGGUCACAAGUCAUUUUUAGACAACUGACUGCUGCCAGGACUUCCUGGCAUAAGCUAAGAAGGGUGGUAGCAUGACCUUUUCCAAGGACUGGGCUGAACUCAGGGGGAGGAGCUGAGACCCGACUCUGGGUGAAAUGCCUCCCUCUAGUGGUGAUGCUCACUGAGAGCCCCAUGGUCAACUCAGCUCUGGGGAAGGUCCCAGAGUCAGAGGGCUGGGGGGUACCCUGGGCACCACUGGGCACAGCGGUGAGCAGAGGCUACGCAGGCCCUGAGACAGCUGCUGGAGCCACGGGAGUUGCCUGCAAUGGCCUUUCCGACCCCAAGCCCCAGGAGAUUGGACUUCCUAAGCACCCCAGUUUCUCAGCACCAGCGGAGACUGGGGUGUAGACACAACAGAAAAACCGUGAAUGCAUGAUGUAGAAUCGCCUCCUUUGCACUGCACGGCGCACUGAGCAUGAAUGGUGUUUGUAUAAUGUUGGCGAAGGAAUUUAACAGAAACAGAAAGCUGUGUAGCGUUGUUUCCCCCGCCUUUCCUUGCCUUCUUUCCCCACUCUCCCUACCGAAUCGAUUCUGUCCCCAGUGGUUGGUAUUUGGUGGCAGCUCUUGGUCCUGUGGCUGUUUAUGUCUCACUGAAAACACGGAGGGGUAGGCAGUGGUAAGGAAAGUAAUUUUUUUCUAAUUUUUGUACAGCUACCCACAAGCGUUUGUAUUUUUUGAAUUGCAAACACUGUGUUUUUCUGGUCCUUGGGGGGUUGGUUGAACUUCCUGUAUUACUUUUUGGAAAACUUGAGUUUUACCACAUUC